CUUUUAUAUAACAGGCAAAUGACAUUUGUGUAAAUUCACCGGCGGUAGACGAACUUGCGAAAUUAUCGUGUUUUCAACCAUAAAUAUAGCAUUUUAAUACACUCGUAACGAGACGUCGCACAGUCGGUCAAGAUUAAAUAAAUUUCCACGCAACAAUAAUAUCAGCUGCACAAAACAAUGGCCGGCGAAGGAGCUAGUAACAAAAAUGCAGAUUGCACACUGUGUGACAAGAUUGGGCUUAAACCCUUCACCAAGGAAAACGUUUUCCACUACUACAUCCCACUGCAUGGUGUGGUAUCGUAUUCUGCACUUGCUGUUAACGUAAUGAAUCCCGGUUUCGUAUCCAAGAUUUUACCCAAAAAGGAUUUGACUAAUGUGCUUUUACUAAGUUCAUUGGCCGGCACCGCCUUCUAUAUAUAUGGACGUCCACAUCUAAGCAAAAUACCCAAUUCGCGACGUGGUCUGUACGCGAUUCUAGGAGGCUCACUCUUCAGCAUGGGUUCAGUACUUGCAUGGGCUUUGAUGAGGUCGGUGCUACCAAGAGAAAACGCAGCUUUGGCUACCAUUGCCGGUUUGGCUUCCGGAGCAGUUUUAGUAAAGCUUAGCGUUGACUACUUCACCGAUUGUGACAAAUUAGUAGACAAAAAUUAAAUACAUUGAUGUGUACCGUGAUUUUGUUGGUGCUCCUCCAUAGCCUCAAGGAAUGAAAUCUAAUUUUAGUCGCCUUUCAUCUUUUUUUUAUGCAGCAAUUAAAGUUCAAUACUCUGGCCGGAAUUUUCAAAUGCAAUUUCGUAUAUGAAAUGCAGUGCCGCUCCCAUUUACAGACAACAGGUUUUUCAUGUGAGCGGUUAAGGCGGUGGUGUCGUAAAAUCUUUUUUUAAUAAUCUCUGUAUGCAUAUAUAGGUUUUGAAUCGAGUGGAAAUAAAGUUAAAAGUAAAAAUAGCUGCUGAAGUAAUUGCAGGAACACAUAAAUGUGUAUAUUUAUAAAAUUUGCACUUGCAUCAUAUAAAACAUAUGUAUGUACAUUGAAAAAAAAAUAUAAAAUCUUGGUUGUAA